AAAGAUUUCUCAAGUUCAACAUUCUCAGCAAACCCACACAACUAUCACAAAACAGAAGAGAAGAGAAGAGCAAAGGAGAAAGAAGGAGAGACAGAGUGAGAGAGGAAAAGAUCAAAGAAGAACAGAUAUCUCUUGAUUUUUCAUCUUUGUAUAGUAGCAAAUGAAGAGAGAAAGAGAUGCUGAAGCUGAAUUGAAUUUACCACCCGGAUUCCGUUUCCAUCCAACGGACGAGGAGCUCGUCAUCCAUUACCUCUGCCGUAAAGCCACUUACCAGUGCCUGCCCGUUCCAAUCAUUGCUGAGGUCGAUCUCUACAAAUACGAUCCGUGGCAGCUUCCAGAGAAGGCUUUGUUUGGAGAAAAGGAAUGGUAUUUCUUCACCCCGCGCGACAGGAAAUACCCGAACGGAUCCAGGCCUAAUAGGGCUGCUGGUACUGGCUAUUGGAAGGCAACCGGUGCUGAUAAACCCAUCAGACCGACAGGGAGCACUAGGCAUGCCGGCAUAAAGAAGGCAUUAGUCUUCUACGCUGGGAAAGCACCCAAAGGAGUUAAGACUAAUUGGAUUAUGCACGAGUACCGACUUGCGGAUCCAAACCGCUCCACCAACAAAAAGGGCAGCUUGAGGUUGGAUGACUGGGUUCUUUGCCGACUUUAUAAUAAGAAGAACGGAUUGGAGAAAGUCGUGCAGAAAAUAGAAGCACCAUCCUUUGAAGAGACAAUGGAUUCCUUGGAGGCAAUUGAUGACACAGGAUCAGACAGUUUCAGAACUCCAGAAUCAGAUGUUGAUAACGAUUCAUUUACAGAGGUUAACCAUCUCUGUAGAGGGAAAGCGAUGAAAACAGACCUGACUAGUAAUUUUAAGAUGGAUGAGCAUCUGAAAGAAGACAAUGAUUGGUUUAUGGGUUUAAAUCUGGAUGAUUUGCAGAAUUCUUUUGCUGGUUUUGAAGGGAUACCGAUGUCGGAAUCACUGUACCAGGAUUACUACUUCCCAAGCCUUUCUUCUCCACAGUUGAAGCCUGGUCAGACUAACUUUCUACCCUUUUGAAACCAAAGUAUCACUGGAUAUCUGUAGUGUGGAAGAAAGAGCAAAAUAGGAAAAAAAAAAAAUCCCCGUAUAAUGAUAAUGUAAGAUUCUUUUGUUUUUCUAGCUCACAAAGAAUCCGCUGAAGGUGGCGGCAACAUCAUUUGCAAUUCAUUCUACGAUUGUAUAUAUAUGCAUAUAUCAUGUAUGUAACAUGUUCUUUUAGCAUGGGUAAAAUAAAAAAGGGAAAAGUAGCAGCAUAAAUUCACAGCCCUUGAUUUUGAGAGAGGUGUCAUAUCAGAUUCAGCACAUUUUUGUAAUUUCAUUAUGUAAUAUUCCUCUUUAUUAAAGUGAAGAUACUGUUACAGUUUAAUUGGA